UUACCGAAGACAGUCAUCCAACAGUUUGCAAUUCUCCGGCUUGGAAUACCGCAAUCCUCAGCAUCUCCAAUGCAAAGGCAUUAAACUUCUCUAAUUUUCCCUCAAAGAUCGAAGCGACCUGCGAGAAAUGCCCGUCGGGUCAUACGACAUGUCUUGUCUAAUUGGCUUCAUCAAUCCUAGUCAGGGAUCUGCGAACGGGAACGGUCUCGCCAUUGGUGGAGGACAAGUACCAUAGCGAAUGGUUAAAUUCGGGUUUCCGGGGAACAGGCUAGAUAUAUGAAAACCUGGUUGCCAAUGCGAGGCAUAUAGCAAUGAUGCGUGCAGGGGAAAAGAGGGCGGAAAGCGCCGAAUAUAAAUUAUCAUGGACUGAUCUCCACAUCGCGAAGAAUCUGAAGUCACGGUGCAGAGCUACGACAUCCGCACUACCUCGUUUCCGCGAUCAACAUGUUGUCCCUCCCCAUCAAAGCGUGGCUCGUCGCCGCCGCCGCCAUCAUCUCCACGGCUGUCUCAACCCCCGUGGACGCCCAAUCCCCUCCGCGACCCCAAACCCGACCCCACGAGCUCUCCAGCGUCGUGAUCCACAGCCCGCCGCGCAACUACACCGACCCGCACGUCCUGUACGCGCGGACCGUCCAGCUCCCGAACAACGACCUUCUCGCCACCUGGGAGAACUACAGCCCCGAGCCGCCGUUAGUGCACUUCCCCAUCUACCGAUCGGCCGACAGCGGCGAGACGUGGGCGGAGAUCGCCCGCGUGCAGGACACGGAGCUGGGGGUUGGGCUGCGAUAUCAGCCGUUUUUGUAUCUGCUUCCGGAGACGAUUGGGGGGUUUAAGAAGGGGACGCUGCUGCUUGCUGGGUCGGCGAUUCCGAUGGAUCUGUCGUCAACGCAGCUUGAGUUGUACGCAUCCAAAGAUUGGGGGCGGACGUGGGAGUUUGUGUCUCAUGUAGCGAAGGGAGGAGUGGCGAUUCCGAACAAUGGAGAAACUCCAGUGUGGGAGCCAUUCUUGAUGACAUACCAGAAGAAGCUCAUUUAUUAUUAUGCGGACCAGCGCGAUAACGCCACGUAUGGUCAGAAGCUUUCCCAUCAGACGUCGUCGGACUUGAUCAACUGGGGUCCUCCUGUUACUGAUGUCGCGUACCCAACCUAUACCGACCGCCCAGGAAUGCCGACCGUCGCGUAUCUGCCCAACGGUCAAUACAUCUACGUAUACGAGUAUGGAGGCGGCCCCAACCCCACCGAACCGAACUACAGCUUCCCCGUCUUCUACCGCCUCUCCAAGAACCCCGAGAAGUUCAACGACGCGCCCCACCAUCCCAUCGUCUCCAAGGACGGGACCGUGCCGGAUGGCUCGCCGUACGUCGUGUGGACGCCGGUCGGCGGCAAGCAUGGUACGAUCGUUGUGUCGUGCGGAACGAGGACGGAGAUCUUCAUCAACAAAGCGCUGGGGGCCGAGGACGCAUGGGAGAAAGUGGCCACGCCGGAGGGCAAGUCUUACACGAGGUCGUUGUUGGUGUUCCAGCAGGAUCCGCGGUAUUUGUUGAUCGCUGGAGCAGGGAAGUUGCCGCCUAGCACGACCAACGAUGUUACAGGCAGCGUGGUGAAGCUUGACUAA